CUUUUUUCUGUUUUUUUAAUUGGCCAUAUAUCCAAAUUUAUUACAAUAUUCUUUUUCUAAACUAAAGAAAAAAAUCCUAGUAAAUAUUAAUAUCAAUCUUUAUUAUAUAGUAUUUACUAUUUACUACCACUCUUAUCGACACGACUCUUAUCAAUAUCACUCUUAUCAACAAUCAUACCACUCUUUAAUACCUCCCUUUAAUAUCACUCUUUAAUACCACCCAAUUAUAUCCAAGAAUAACUUCAUCCAAAAAUUAAUUAUCAUGUCUAUGGCUUUUUCCAAGAGAUCUGAUGAAAAUGAUCUAGAAUCCCUUUCUUUAAAUUCAGUCUCUAAUCCAAUAUCUAGAUCCACAUCAAACUCAGCCAUAAAUACAAAUAUACCUUCAAUCUCCUCCAGUUUACAGCCCUCUUUUCAAUUCACCACUCUUCGCAACAACAAUCGUCUGAUCUACAACAGUCUGCUCCCAAUCAAUAGCAAAAUCUCCAAAUGCGAAGUCACUUUAAUUGACUUUGAAUAUACUCAAUCUCAAUAUAUCAAAAAAAAUUUACUUCCAAUAAUCAUGUUGAAACUUGAUCUAAAUUCAAGCAAACAGAUUAUCCUAAAUCAAAGAAACUAUUUUAAAAGAAUCAACAUUUCAUUAUACUAUAAAAACACUUGCACCAGCAACUACACUUCAAAUCCAGCUCAGCACUACUAUUCAUAUAAUAAUUACAAUCACAAUCACCUUUCUACUGCCAAUAGCAAUAUCAGCAACAGCAUCAGCAGCAAUUACAACUACAGUCGUUCAAGCAAUAACAGCAAUGACACUUUAUCAAAUGAUGUUUUGAUACGUUCAAACAUUUUCUCCCAUUGCUAUGACUCUAAAUUGUUUACUCUUUAUGAGUCUUCACCAGUGGUAUUCUUUUCUCAUAAAGUUUUAGUUGACAACCAAGAUUUCAACCAAGCUGGUAUAUACUAUUUUACAAUCAAAAUACAUUUUAAUUCUGGAACUAUCAAGACGUUUAAUACUGAAAACUUCAGAGUUAAAGAAAAUCCAUCAUACUCUUCAUUUCCUCUAACUAUUUUCAAUGAAUUAUAGUUUUAGUUUAUUAUUUCAUAUUUUUACCUUUUAUUAUUCAAUAUCAUUAUUAAUUCUAUCAAAAACUGCUAUACUAUUACUAUGUUUUUUUUUUCAUUAUUAUAUCAU